UCUUGUUCUUGUUUACAUAUCCAGCAGACGACAACAAGAUGGCUUCCUUGAUAUGUUCAGAGAGUACCCAUAAACAGAUUCAACGUUAUGCAGACCAACUCCAUACUUUGGUGGCUACAUACAGCUGGAUCACUGAAUCAUACGUUGUGGAAUUCUUUGUGAAAGACCACUGGGGCCAUCUUCCCGUUUCUUGGCAGACAAGCUUGGAGUCCAUGACCCCGACUGAUAUUUCAGAGACUCUUAUGAGUAACCCCUAUGCUGGAGAAAGUGUCAGAAGUAAUCGCACUUCUGUAUGGCCGCUGUCACUCCUAGCAUUCCGUGCUGCAACUCACGCCUUGUCUCUCCGUCGCUCGGUGGCCCAGCCGGCCAAGUUACAUCCACAGAGCGGCCGCAAUCCAGAUUUAUCUCACUGCUAUCGAGCGCACGUUAAGCCCAAGAAACAACAUGAGAUAGAGCGACUGGCUGAGGUGAUCCAUCUGACAUGCAAUCAGGCCGGUUGUCAUCACGUAGUGGACAUCGGUUCCGGUCAGGGUCAUCUCUCUCGUCUUCUGUCAUUUGGCUACAGUCAUCAGGUGACCAGUAUCGAGGCAGUUGGCUGCCACAUCACAGGAGCAGCCAAGUUUGAUCAAGAGGUCAAGCAGUAUUUUGAAAGGAAAGCCAGGGGCAGUGAUGACACUGUUGCAGUCACGUCCCCUCAUCACGUCAUAUGUACCGUCCACCCCUACAUCACAGUGGAAGAGUUUCUCUCAGCAAUCAGUGCCCAUACAUCCAAACAAGACAAUGGGCUGUCUCAUCCACUUGACGGGGGAGAUCACAUCGAGAGCUCUUCAGAAAAAUCCACCCACCAAGAUACAUGCAAGAAACGGAAAAUUGAAUCCACAAGACAAAUAUCGCACCAGGAUACUGUUGGCUCAUGCUGCGAUGAGCAGAAAACAUCUUGUAAACAAUCUAGCUGUAAAUAUCUUCCUGUAAACCUAGAACCUACUUUGACAAAGGCCUCAACGUCAGAUUUCCAUACACCAACUUCUUCCACAACCAGCACGUCCGAUCAGACUCGUCUAGAGAGCUGUACAUCUCAAGUCAUAGGAGGGGACCUUGAGAGCACCCCCGGCCAGGACUUCUUAAUCGCAGGACUUCACACCUGUGGGGAUCUUGGACCAACCAUGCUGAGGACAUUUGCCGAGUGCCCCUCGUCUGUCGCCCUGGCUUCGGUAGCCUGUUGCUACAUGAGAAUGUCCUUCUGCGAUAAAUCAGUGGAUAUGAACCAAGAACCUUUAAAAAAUGAUCGAGUAUUGCCACAACCUGAACAACUACAGGAACUAUCUUUUUCGAAUGUACAGCUACAGCAUCACGGCCGUGAUGAGAGACAUGCCACCCCUUCAAGCUGUCAAACCGCUGCGCCUAAAACUGUGCCACGGUUAGAUGUCGGCUUUCCCAUGAGCAGCCAUGUUAGAACACUCUGCAAGAGUGCUGGGACAUCUUUGAUCUUUGAAUCCUUGGAGCUUGCCUGUCACUUUUACGAUGGUUACCGCAAAAAGUUAGAAGGUAACGAUCACAGCCUACUUAUCCAAGGGUACCGUGCAAUUCUGGAAGUCUUGAUCCAGGAAGAGGAUAUUGAGUUGACCCAGAGCCAAGACGGGGCACGACGAAUAAGGAAAGCAGUCAGUAGUGUCAAACGAGCCCAUCAAAUGAAAUUCGAAGACUAUGCCUCGGCUAUUCUCGGCAAGCUCGACCUGCAAAGUGACCCUGUGAGGAUUCGUACCCUGUGUGAAGAGUGCCUGCCAAGCUGGCAUAACCUCCUUGUGUACAACACCAUAAGGCAGCUGCUUGCCCCGAUUGUGGAGAGUCUGGUGCUCGUGGAUCGGGCACUGUUCCUUGCUGAAAGAGGUAUAGAGAGUCGUCUGGUGCCCAUUUUCGACCCUCUCAUCUCACCAAGAAACCUCGUUCUGCUCGCGGUUAAAAAGCCACGAUGACAUGACAAGACAACUCCCAAGUCAUUCAUCAUGAAGUCAUUCCUAGGAUCAAAAUGGAAGCUUCCAUCCACAAUAUACACAACCAAUUAUGUUACUAUGAUAACACAUUAAAGACACUGGACACUAUUGGUAAUUACUCAAAAUAAUUAUCAUCAUAAAACCUUUCUUGAUU